CGACAACAACCCACCCUCGUACCCCGUUGCAACUAGAUCCAACCUCCCCAACCGCUAAGACAUUAUGGGUAAAGUGGAAAAUUACCUUGUUACCCCUAAGUUAUUAGUAAUUAUUUUUGACGGUGUAAGACGUGAGGGUAGUAAGUGUUGAAAGUCCCAUAUCUGCCACAUUUGAAUGAUGUGAAAAUCUAGGGUUGGUUUGUGAAAUUAGCCAUUACAGAAGUCAAUAAAGGGUUUUACAAAACCUCCAUCGCGCGAUUUCUUCCCCGGGAAUCGCACUCUGAAAUCCGCAUUCUUCAUCUGCCGGAAAUAGCCGCCGGAAGCUUCUCGCCGUCGUCGCUUUACCACCGGUGGGCGCGAGGUUAUGCCUUUCUCCGCCGGAGAGGUUUGACUUCUCCCAACACAUUAGGGGCAGUUACAGAGUUAUAAGAAAACGAAAUUACGUCCUCUUCUCUUAUAGCAUUUGGGGAUUCGAUUCUUGAUACGGGCAACAAGAACAUUUCACUGCAAACAAGAAGGAUUUAUUGUGGAAAACCAGUUUUCUUUGUGUUAUCAUGGAUGUUGUAACUUCAGCAGUUGAGAAAGUAAAGGGGUUUGCAAUUUCAAGCCAAAAUUUCGUUAACGGCCUUCUACAUCGCCCGCAAAAUUCAUACAGCCACAAUCCGAUUGAAAUCUUGAAGCGGUUGCAAAGAGAAGCAUUCUCAGAUUUGAUGAAACUCAGAGACAGACAAGACAAAGUUGAGCGAGUGCUUUCCUUCUAUAAAACAUCCAAGGGAAGUCCAUUCCAAGAAGCUAGUACUCAUGUAAGGGGAGAAGUUGAUUUCCUGGGAGGUAUAUUGAUGAUGAGAGAUAUUGAUUCGCAAAAUUUGGAUGCACUUGAUAGAGCAGGAGUUAGGACUGGGAUAACUUCAAGGUUUAUUUUUGAAACAAGUCUUGGGCAGAAUGAUAGUCUUGUAGCAGAGUUGAUAGCCAGUGAAACAGGCAAAGGAAACCUUGGUGAUAUUUCAGGAAUCCCACUUUCUCUCACAAAACUAUUGUAUACAGCAAAUGUUAGUGAUUGGUGUUCGGCAACUGCAAUACCAGUGGGAUCUCAAUGCAGAGAUUUUGAUAUCACUAGGAACUCUUUCCAACAGUUAGAAAAUCAAAUGUUUGUUGCAUCGUUGGCUCAAUCUGUUUCUGGCCUGAGAAUGCCCUGGGUUCUGAUGGAUUUGGACACUGCUUCAACACUUUUGGGCAAGUUGUUUGUCUGCUUCCAAGGAAUAAGACUCUCUCUUAUGGGUCUUCACCAAGUGCCUAAAGUACUGGAUCACCGUCUCAGUCUCGGAGCCCUUACAUUCCAGUAG